AGUGUCCAGUGGUUCUGAUCUUGGUCGGGUUGAAAAAAAGUAAAUCGUAGCUCGCAGUCGCAGCGAACGUCAUUACGCGAUUGGCUGUUGGCAUCCAGUUGAUUGGUCUAGCCAUGGAAAUUGUCAGUGAUUAAGGUACUGAGAUAAAUUAACGUUCAUUUAUUAUCAUCUGUCAGUUGCUGUCAUAAGUUCUGUUUAUUAUUAUUUAUAAUAAUUAUUGAAGCGUCAUGCUGGCCAGUACAUCUGAUUGGUCGAGUACAUAUUGAGUGCAGGUGUACUGAAGGCUUGAUAUUUAUUUAUGACUCAAGUGUUGGUCUUUUUUCGAGUUGAGUGCUAGUGUCCUUAUCAUCAUUAUCAUCAUCAUAACACUGGGACGGGACUGGAAAUUGGGAUUGUCGUUAAAACUUAAUUGUGCAACGACGUCGAAACGUGAACUGCUGUGCAGUUCGUGGUUUCAUUGAAGUACAAUGGAUCAAAUGAUUGCACUGAGCACUCAAAAUCCACUGUCAUUGCUAAUGAAAUUCGGAAUGAUGGCUUGGAAUAGUACUUGCAAUGAUAAUUGUUCUGGCCAUGGAGAGUGUCAUAACGGUACUUGUUUAUGUGAGAUCCAAUUUGACGGGAGCGAUUGUCAUGUCCCGAACUCGAGUUACUACAUCGCAUUUGCUACGAUAUUUUUUAUACUUGCGUUUGUUUGUUUAACGCAACUGGUCAUGUGCAUUAUUGCUGAGUGGCAAAGAAUGAAAGCCCCGUCAUUUUUACGGGCUUGCAGAGUAACAACACAAAAAGUACUUUAUUUUAUCGUAUUUCUUGCCACUGCUGUUCGCGGCGCUUAUUUUACCUGUCCUGCUGCAUUUAAAGAGGGCUGGUCAAGAACACUGUCGUCAACUUACUACCCGCUAUUAUUAAGCGGAUCAUCUCUGAUUGUUUGUUUCUGGGCCGAAGUGUUCCAUGUUCCCGAUAUCCGCACCGACAAACCGCGAUUUUUAUCAAAAUCUUUCUUGGCAUUCGUUGUAUUCAACAUAAUAAACUAUUCAUUACUUCUCGCAGAGUUUAUUACCUCACAAUGGAAAUCGGAAGUGGAUCAGAGCUUUUAUACAAACGUAUUCAACGGUUGCUACGCCGUACUACUGUUCAUUGUCGUUGUCUUCUUUUUAAUCUACGGAGUCGAAGUUUUUUUCAAGAUUCGCGGUGGGUUCAUAACAAAAUACACCCAGGUGUCAAUAGCAACGAACGUCCGCACUCCGGGUGAUGAUAAAAAUACCGAAGAACCGAUAACAGCUAAACUAUUUGAACCGACGGCAUCGACAUCAUUGGAACCUAUCAAUGUAUCGCAACAUGUCAAUACUUCGCAAUUGAAUCAGUCACGUCUUGGAAUGUUGUCACAGGCAUUUAUGUUAUUUGUCAUUGUCGCAUUUUUAUUCAGCGAAACAUUGAGCGAAUUCUGGAAGACUAAGGUCCCAUUAGUGAGCCGUAAUUACCACGCAGUUGUCUUUCGUGUAAUAGAAGUAGGCGUAUCACUUUGGUUUCCUUGUGUACUUUGGAAUUGUAUGAGCCCGGAGCGACUGUGGAUACUGAACCCGAAGAGAAUAUUGAAACAUUUCGACAUAGAGCCGUCAAAGUAUCCGAGAGAAGUUGAACUCCAGGAAAAACGAUGCUCAGUUGAUUCAAAAUUACUGAAUGAGAGUGGAUCUGUUAGUGCUAGAGACUGCUGGAUUUGCUAUGACAGCGAGACACAGGAUGCUGGUCCAUUGAUUCAGCCGUGUCAGUGCAGAGGGGAUGUCAGUACUGUUCAUCAUGACUGCCUGCGUCGAUGGCUUGUUGAGAGCUCAAUGAAUGCAGACAGUUUAACGUGCAAAGUCUGCGGUAGCAAGUACAAUGUCGAACGUGCUACCAAACUGGAUUGGCAAAACAGCAUGACACCGCGUCGCUGGAUUAAAACGAUUGCUGCGGUGACAGCAAUGUGCGGAACAUUCGCUGCUGCUUGGAUACUUAUUCAAUUUGUUGAGAGUCCAAUAAUACGCAUGCUAGCUGCCGGUGCUACUUUAUUGGUAGCGUAUGUUGGCAUAAGAUUCCUGAGCCUCAAUACAGUGGUCGCUUAUCAACGUGCUAAAAUAUCAGCACUUAAUAUCGUAAGUUCUGAUAACGGUAAUUAUAAAACAGAACCGGUAAAUACCGUCAGCAAUACAGUAGCAUUAAAUUUGCCAAAAAUAGAUCCUGCUACAGUGUAAUUAAUAACCACAAGCACGUGAGUCCUUCUCCUGAUUGGUACAAACGUGUAGGAAAAAAAUACACAGAAAAAAAAAAGUUUUAACAAAAAUAACAAAAGCAAA